UAGGAAGCCAGGGUGCUCUGAGUCAGGAAGGGCUGUGUGAGAGGAGGGCAUCAUGAGGAAGGAGUCAGAGCAAGGAAACUCAACCCAGCUUCCAUCCCAGAAGAAGCUGGGCUGACCUGUGGGGAACAGGCUGCAAGUUCAUGAGGUUGGAAGCUCUGAGGUCACUAGACUAGAUGACGAGCUGUGCAGAGGUCACCUUGGGGCCUUUAUCAUCCAGAUUGGCAGAAACAUGGGAUCUCUCUGGAGAGUUCAUCCCAAGUACCACAGAAGACAGCAGUGAUAAGUCAGAGGGGGUGAGGGCAGUUUCCGGCUCCAGCUUCAAAAGAACAAAUACUCAAAACAAAGGAAGUGGUCCUCAACCACAGGAAGCAGGAAGUGUCUGCUAGGUCCUCAGCUGAAGCCCAGGGACAGUGGGAUGGAGUCCGUGGCCCUGUACAGCUUCCAGGCCACAGAGAGUGAUGAGCUGGCCUUCAACAAGGGGGACACACUCAAGAUCCUGAACAUGGAAGAUGACCAGAACUGGUACAAGGCAGAGCUCCGAGGAGCUGAAGGUUUUGUUCCCAAGAACUACAUCCGUGUAAAGCCACACCCUUCUGGCCACCAGGUGCAGCACUUCAAAGUGCUUCGAGAGGCCUCAGGGAAGUACUUCCUGUGGGAAGAGAAGUUCAACUCCCUCAACGAGCUGGUCGACUUCUACCGGACCACCACCAUUGCCAAGAGGCGGCAGAUCUUCCUGUGUGAUGAGCAGCCGCUGCUCCAGCCGACCCGGGCCUGCUUUGUCCAGGCCCAAUUUGACUUCUCAGCACAGGACCCAUCUCAGCUCAGCCUCCGCCGAGGUGACAUCGUGGAAGUCGUGGAGUGUGGGGAGCAAGGCUGGUGGCGGGGCCGGGCCAGAGGGCGCCUGGGUUUUUUCCCACGGAGCUAUGUGCAACCAGUACACCUGUGACCCCACAAGACCAGAGGAGUGGAUGCUCCAGGCUCAGCCUCUUCACACUAACCAGGACCGACAUUGGUCAUCCCCAGGCUGGUUGCUGGGUUCAUGACAUCACCUGCUACUGACAAGGGUCAGCCUUUCCAGGCUUGAGGACCGACUGUUAA